AUGAAUAGGGUGGGAAACAGCACAGCUGUAUUAAACAGACAUGAUGACGCGGGAAACAACACGGCUGUAUUAAACAGACUCGACGAGGAGGGAAACAACACAUCUGUAUUAAACAGACCUGAUGACGCGCGAAACAACAAAAGUGUACUAAACAGACUUGGUGAGGCGGGAAACAACACAGCUGUAUUUAAUAGACAUGAUGAAGCGGGAAACAACACAGCUGUAUUAACCAGACAUGAUGAAGCGGGAAAAAACACAGCUGUAUUAAACAGACAUGAUGACGCGGGAAACAACACAUGUGUGUUAACCAGACAUGAUGAAGCGGGAAACAACACGGCUGUAUUAAACAGACAUGAUGACGCGGGAAACAACACAGCUGUAUUAAACAGACUUGAUGAGAGGGGAAGCAACACAGCUGUAUUAAACAGACUUGAUGAGAGUGGAAACAACACAGCUGUAUUAACCAGACAUGAUGAAGCGGGAAACGAUACAGUGGUAUUAAAUAGACAUGAUGACGCGGGAAACAACACAGCUGUAUUAAACAGACAUGAUGACGCGGGAAACAACACAGCUGUAUUAAAAGACAUGAUGACACGGGAAACAACAUAG